AACAGGUUCACGAAAGUUUGUCCGUGCUCGGUGGGCUUCUUCUUUAAUAUCAACUGAACACUCGCUCGAUAGGCUGAAGACUACUAUUUUACGAUAUCAUAUGUUGUGACAUAUAACGACAACCUCGAUACACCUCAUAUAGCUCGAAUAGCUCAUACAGACACGUUUAUUGCGAUUGCGGAAAAACACAACCCGAGGUUCUCCACACUACCAUUGUUCCCGCGGGCCGUAGCGUGCGCGCGGCCUUCUCCGAAUCAUGAGUACCCACGAAGUUGGGAGGGAAAAUCAUCGAGUCCGAGCUGUUUCGUUGCGAGCCUGCCUGGCGUGCCGCGAGCGCAAGAUCAAGUGCGACGGAGCCCAGGACUGCCACAACUGUCGCGCGCUUUCGAUUCCGUGCGUCUUUGUGCCUUCGCAUCGCGGCGGAAAACGGAAGCGGCGGGGCACGGUCGAGUCGCAGAAUAACAAUCCGUAUCGGAGUGCAGAUGCUGAGUCUCUGAGUCGGUCAGCUUCACCGACAUCACAUCCCACUGCACCAGCUCAGACAUGGACCAAUGGCCCGUCCGCACGCCAGUCCGAAGGCGAUUCGCAUCAACGAACCGCACUGGAAACCCAGGCUCUCCAACAGUCUCUCCCCGUGUCAACGACAGCAUCCCAAGACACUUCACAGUCUCUCGAUAGCCAAUCGUUGACUGAGGCUCUUACAUCUAUCCAGAGCACCCUAGCAUCUCUCCAGCAGCAGAUCAACGAGAUUCGAGGAGUAAGCAGCCGUCAAUCUCAGCAAAACGCCAACCGGCAACAGCCAUCGCGCGAUUUCUUCAACAGUCAUGAGCCGUACUCUGAUCACUCGGUGGCAAGGCCUUAUCCGAGGAAGAUAAACUCGAUAUCGACCUCACUGCGCGGGAGCGAUUCAGCAUUUAGCGCCGUUGAUUUGCCCGGAGUGCCGGUUAUCAUGUUCCUCAUCGAUGCGUACUACAACUGCUACCAUCCGGGACAUUCGUUUAUGGUUCCAAAGAGCUUUUUGCUUGACACAGUUGAGUUUGAGCACGAUGCUGCUUUACUGCAUGCUAUGUUUUCGGUGUCCUGUCGGUUCAUCAGUAAAGAGUAUCCGAAUCAGGCAUCGCUGUUGUCGAUUAUACAGCAGUACCAGACUGACCCGAUGUACUGGGUAUCACGGGCAGAGAAGUGGCUUCCAGCUGUUGAGAAUCCUGUCUCUAAACUUCAAACCGCUCUUCUGCUAGCUAUCUCUGCUAUAUACGAUGAUCAUCAAUCCCGUGCGAAUCAGAUGCUUACCUUUGCUUCGUCGAUCAGCGAAACGUACAGGCUUGAUCUUAUUGACUCGGAAGUGGACGCACAGGGCAGGUUUAUCGAGCUUCGCGAAGAAUGGUCGAAUCCGAACUGUCCGAAUAUGCACACAAUAUCACAGCUGUUUCCAACCGAGCUGGAGAAGGAGUCGUGCAGAAGGCUUCAUUUCAUGAUGUGGGAACUGCGUCUUCUCGUUUCGACUAUUUGGUACUCACCGCGAACUCUUCCUGAGUUCCCAAGUAGAGUGUGCCCUCCGUGCUGUGAAGUGACUUAUGAAGACCAUAUGCGCGAUUGGAACGGCGAUACGUUUCUGUACGAAGAAUUCGAACAGUGCGUAUUUUCAGAUAUCGGUCCGUUCGUGAUCGACAGCGCAUCACGACUUGGCGUGAUCAAAACAAGAUGGCGUUUCAACUCUUCGUGCUUUCGUUUGGCAGCUGGGAGGAUAUUGGCAGAAACUGUUUCUCGGAUGCAGAACCUGACGCCCGAGUUUGUUGAGGACACAGAGCAUCGCGUACGAGAACUGCUAUACAAAAUCUACGACUACCGGACCGGACCGACACGGAUACAUAUGUCUCUAUUUUCCACAAAUAUGGUGCUAUAUUCAAUUCUUAUUAUUCUCCAUCGUUCGCGCGCUCGUGAAAGACUGGUAUUUGUGGUUCACGAGGGUAUCCACGGGAGGGGAAAAGUAUACGAAGAGAAUCCGAUCGCUCGAGUUCAUGCGGCAGCGUCUAACGCAGAGGCGAUGAAAAGCUUCGAGGUGAUGCUAGACGCUGCGACCUCUAUUUGCGAAAUGGUAAACGUCUUGAUCGAAUGCAAGGGCGGAGGACGUGAGGAUGUAGCGUUCUUGAGCAUGUCUCCGUUCGUGGCUUACAGUCUGGGACUGUGCCUACCGGUGAUUGCUUCCAAGAUUGUGCUGGACGGAAUCCAGCUGCCUAGUAUAGGCCAAAUACUUGGGAAGAUCGAUAGGACUGGUUUGACUGACGGUGCUGAGAUAUCUUUGAGCGAUGCAGCAGAGAUUACAGGCGGUAUUGGAACUCAGCGGGUGAGAGAGAACGUCAGGAUUAACAGAGAAGAACAAGCUCUGGCCAGGAACGAUCUCGAUCUCUAUUUACGAUGCAUUAGGAAACUUGGGGAUAUUUGGAGCGUGUUCAGGACAGACUACGAAGAAUGCGCCGGUUUGGUGCAGCAGAUUGAAAAGUAUUUAGCAGCCUGAGCGGUUUGUAUGUCAAAACAUAAUGUAGGGCAUGACAUAAUACAUUAUCGAUCAACUUA